AAAACACGUCAAUAUGAUGAAUGAUUUCAAUAGUUGGUAUAAAACACAGCCACUUUUUACAAGAACAUAUGUAAGUAUUUUAGUGUUAUUUGGAUUAAUUGGAAAAUUCAAGCCAGCUUAUUUAUGGUAUUUAAUGUUCGAUUUUAAUAAAAUAUUAAGUCUCUAAGUAUUUAAACAACUUAAAAAUUAGAUACAUAGAUUAUUUACUCAUUACUUUUUCAGUGGAACAUUAAGUUUUAGUUUUAUCUUUCAUUUGCUAUUUAUAAUCUUUUGCAUUAAGAACUGUGAAAUAAUGUUCGAAGGUUCUAAUUAUGCAGAUUUUUACUACAUGAUUCUUUACUUUUUUAUAACUGGAGAUGUAAUACAAUUAUUUAUGUAGAUUAUGAGUUGGUUAUUUGAUUAUGCAUAUUUAUCAUCUGCAUUUUGUUUUGCAUUAAUCUAUGUCUGGUGCAAAAGAAAACCAUUUGAAACUGUGAGAUUUUAUUUUGGAUUUCAGUUUAAGAGUGAAUAUUUUCCAUGGGUUUUAAUAGGGUUUCAUGCUAUUACAGAUUAAGAUAUAGUUUAGGAUCUUAUUGGUUUAGGAAUUGCUCAUUCAUAUUUAUUAUUAAAAGAUUUUCUUCCAGUCACUCAUAGUAUUGCAUUAUUAGAAACACCUCAAUUUUUGUAAACAUUUUAUUUUUAUUAUAUCAUAGUAAAAACUUUGUGAAUAAACAUAUUGUUAAAUAUGCACCAUUUGCAAGAAACAGAUUUAAUAAUUAGUAAUUCUAAUAACCAUAAAGAUAAAAUUUCUUUUAAGGAUAAGGAAUACGUUUAGGAUGA